AUGAACGACCUUGUUGAAUUCUUACGUACACAUGACGAGGCAUUCCGUAGUCGCAACCGCCUUCAGUCUCUCUACUCAGAUUUUCGCCUACAAAAGACAUCGAACCCAGAUGGAUACCAAGCAAACUCUCGAGCAUGGAUGCGCGGUCUGACUGCUGCCGCACGCGCUGGCCGAUUACCACCCGCCACAACAGCAGCUGGACAACCAAGUCACGUCGUCUUUGGAAGCGGUGAGGAACUGUCGCGCGCCUUGAACUCUCAGCAAUGGGGUCGCCCGUUAGCUCUCGGUGCUGUCAUGCAAGAUGCUGUCGAAAGACGCGAGUUCAUUCCUCUGGACGAUUUUCUGAAUGCGACCAAGAGUGUUUAUGCAAAGAGUUGGAUUCCUUCACCGUGGCAGGUCGUCAGUUGGGGUCUCAAGCAGGUUGGAGUUGCCUCGCUGUUUGGCGCAUCCGAUAAGCUGUCAGUUGGCAAUCUCGUCGUUAUGGCCAAUGUUGAGGAAGCAGCAAAUGCUAUCAUAGCAAAAGCCUCCCAGCUCGACCAGUCAACGACCUCCUUGAUCUUCUCUCGCUCCCUUUUCGAGUCAGAGUUCGCCUAUGUCCUUGACCCGACAAAACAUCCCGAGGCCGCCUUGAGCACCACUGACUUCGACAUUCUCCUUCGCUAUCUAUCCCGCGACAAACCCUACCUCUCCUUCACCUCCUCGACCAUCAAGCUGAAAUCUACCUCUGAAUCCGCACCUCAACCUAUCACCCAACAAGACACCGACAUCGCAAACCUACGCACCCUGAUCAAGGCCCUGGAAACUCAAGUCUCAGCCCUUACAGACAGAAUCACAACCCUCGACAUUUCAGCCCGCGAAGCCGUCGCCGCGAAACGCACAGUUCAAGCCAAAUCAGCCUUACGCAGCAAAAAGCUUGCAGAAACCACUCUACAUACACGCAGUGCUACACUAUCACAACUGGAAGAAACGUUUACAGCCAUCCAAACCGCUGCCGAUCAAGUCGCUAUAAUAUCCGCCAUGUCUGCUUCUGCCAAGGUCUUGAAGAGUUUACACGCAGAAGUUGGAGGAACAGAAGGUGUGGAAGAAGUUGUGGAUCGCUUGAGAGAUGAAAUGGAGAAUGUAGAUGAAGUUGGGCGUAUCAUUAACGAAGCCAAUACCUCCAAGGUUGAUGAAGAAGAUGUGGACGAAGAGUUUGCGACUAUGGAAAGGAUGGAAAAGGAAAAGAGGGAACAAGAAGAAGCGGCAAAGACUGCAGCGAGAUUGGCGGAAUUGGAAGGGUUGGAGAAGGAGAGGAAAGAGAAGGAGGUGGAAGAGAAGGGGAAAGAGGGAGAGAGGCAGACAGAGAUGCAGGCGGAAGCUGCGUAG